GACGAGGACGACUAUGUCACGGCUCGGUCCUUUGGGUUUCCAGACACGACCAUGGACCUCACUACUGUCUUCAACCCCGCGCAUACCAAGAAGGCCAACCUUGAGAUUGCUGAAGCCAAGGCAUUCGUCGAACAGACCCGCACGGCAGAGGACAUUGAGGACGAGCAGUGGGACACUUCCAUGGUUGCUGAGUAUGGCGACGAAAUCUUUGAAUACAUGCGCGAGAUGGAGUCACGCAUGUCGCCCAAUCCAUUCUACAUGGAGCUCCAGCACGAAAUCCAGUGGUCGAUGCGAGGUGUCCUCAUGGAUUGGGUUGUGCAAGUGCACCAACGCUUCAACCUCCUGCCAGAGACGCUCUUCCUCACCAUCAACUAUAUCGACCGGUUCCUCUCUUGCAAGAUAGUCUCCUUGGGCAAGCUUCAGCUCGUCGGCGCCACGGCCAUCUUCGUUGCUGCAAAGUAUGAAGAAGUCAACUGCCCAACCAUCUCUGAGAUCAUCUACAUGGUAGACAAUGGUUACUCUGCAGAGGAACUCCUGAAGGCGGAGCGCUUCAUGCUGAGCAUGCUUCAAUUCGAGCUCGGAUGGCCAGGCCCAAUGAGCUUUCUUCGCCGCAUCAGCAAGGCUGACGACUACGAUCUCGAGACCCGAACGCUUGCGAAGUACUUCCUGGAGGUCACCAUCAUGGACGAGCGCUUCGUCGGCUGCAAGCCCAGCUUCCUCGCUGCAGGCGCGCACUGCAUGGCACGCUUGAUGCUUCGGAAAGGCGACUGGACUCAGGCACACGUGUACUACUCCAACUACACGUUCCGCCAGAUGCAUCGCCUCCUCGAUGCCAUCUACAAGUGCUGCGAGGACCCAGAGAAGCACCACGGCGCUGUGUACGAGAAGUAUACCGACAAGCGGUACAAGCGAGCCUCGACAUUCGUUCGUGGCGAGAUGGCCAAGGGCUUCAAGCUGCCGUUCACG